UCCAAGGAAGAAGUUGCCAAAAGAAGUCUUUCCGAAUCUUCUAUACCUUAGCAGUCGAAAAAUUUUUUAAUAAUGAAAGCAGAUACGGAAUAAGGUUGUGUACAACUUUUCAUUAGCUGACAUAUUUCAUUACGGGUUACAAAAUGUUACAUUGAUAAUGAAUAACUGAGUUUUUUAAAGUUAGGUAUAUUUAUAAAGCGGUUAUAUUAUUAAUAACAACAUAUUCUGUGACGUGUUUUAUUAUUAAAGUCAAUUAUAUGUAUUUUAAACGAUAGUUAUUUUAUACAUCAGGUGAAACUGGACAUGGAUUCAACUGCGAUCGUGACCACUGUAUGAUGUGUAUUUUUCGUAAAUGAAAAUUUUUUUGGCCACUUAUUUUGAACUCUAAUUUAACAUAUUAUAUAAUUGAAGACAAUGGGAAGAUCAAGAACGAAGAGUAAAUCUCCGAAACGCCGACAUAAGAGUAAACAUUCGCGCAAGAGAUCAAAAUCUCGCGAAAGAAGUUCCCACAAUAAACACAAGGAAAAAAUUAGAGAACAAAGUGCUAAAUCUAGGAAACGCUCACGUUCCGAGUCAUCGAGCAGCACCUCAGAUUUGUCUGCAGAGGGCACACGGACCAACCACAUGAGGAAAAGAUACAGCGAUAGGAAAAUGGGCGAGGUGGAGAGAUUAGCAGAGAUGGAAAGACAGAGGCGACAACGAGAAAUGGAACAGAAGUUAAUUGAAGAAGAAACAGCAAAAAGGAUAGAGGAAAUGGUGAAGAAGAGGGUGAAUGAAGAACUUGAAAAGCGCAAAGAGGAGAUAGAGGAUGAGGUUUUGAGGAGAGUAGAGGAGGCUAAAAAGGAAAUGGAAAAGCAGAUGAUGGAAGAGAUGGAGAGGCGUAGACAGCUGCAGUUGGAAGAGGAAAAGAAACGAGAGGAAGAAGAAAAGAAGAAAAGAGAAGAGUUAGAGCAGAUUUUGGCUGAAAACAACAAAAAAAUUGAAGAAGCCCAGAAAAAACUGGCAGAAGAGCGUUUGGCCAUGGUUGAAGAACAGAGGAAAAUGGAGGAGGAGCGGCAACGGCUGAGGAAGGAGCAGGAAAAACGAGUGAAGGAAGAGCAGAAAAAAAUACUGGGGAAGAACAACUCGAGGCCGAAAUUGUCCUUCUCUUUGAAGCCUGCUGUGACGUGAAGCAUUGCUUGCAUCUGUUUCGUAAUAUAUCGUGGCUGUUGCAUGUUGCAAUGUUGUAUGAAAUUCUUUGUGGUCACAGUACCUGCCUAGAAGGAUACUUGUGUAUGAAUGCAAUUUUUUUUUUUUGAAAAUGUACUAUGUACUUGAAAUUCCUGCUGCCAAGAUUACAACACUUUUUUUUUUUUAAUGUACAAUGAACUGGUUGAUGUACAAUGUACAAUGAACUGGUUGAUGUACAUUUUAGAUAAAGAAUUGUGUUUUAAGAUUUUUUGUAUUGAUUCUGUUAUGUAAUUCUAAAUUAAUAAAGUUGCCGAACAUUUAUAUUUUGAGUGCUGUAGUGAAGAAAUAUUUAAUGAGAUAUUCAAGCACACCUGGUUAUAUAUUGUAAAUAUUAUUCCAUAUGGUACUGUAUUAUAGUACGUAUUAACUUUAAUUUAAGCCACCUCAGCUCUUUUAAAGUAUGAUGAUCAAAAAGUUUGGUUUCAGGUGAAAAUAAUUUUGAUUAAUAGUGUAAAAAUUAACUGUGUGAAUAUGAAGAUCUGACCCAACAAAUUUUGGUCAUUGUAGUAGAAAAAGUAUGUUGAUUUUAACUUGGUAUUUGGCUCAGUAAGAAGAAACCUUAAAUUUAAUGAAAGUUUUUUUUUUUUUUUAAACAGGCUCCAGUGUUAGUGAGGGACCAAAAUGGUCUUAAAUGUGUUUUUCAUGCCAUUGUGCUCAUGCAGAGCUCUUGUGUGCCAGGAAAUUAUGUACAAUUUGCACAUACCCAUUACCGCCAUAAAUAAACCUUGAAAUGUAUGCCAUUACGAGAAGUCCUGCAGCUGUUUUAAUUUUCCUUUGUGCGUGGCUUUUAUUGUUGCAAGAGCACAUUUGUUAAGAUUGCCAUUAUCACAACUUAAAAAUUUUUUACUUUUAGACCUUUCCAGUAAUUUUCGUUUUUUUUUAAUCAUUAUUAGUCUUCAAAUACAUACAUCUCACAGCAUGCAAUCAAAUUUUAAUUGCAGUAGCUUUUAUCUUGUAAAUAAAAGAUAAUCAUGUUGGUAAAAAAGGGUAUAAAAUAACCAAUUUUAAUAAAAUUGCAUGAAAUGCUGCAUGCAUGUAAACAACUAAUGAAGUAUCUAUCAUCACAUGUGCUUGAAAAAUCUCAUAAAAAAUUUUGCGGAAAUGAGUAGGAAUACCAACAUUUUAUUGCAUGUUGUUUUAAGAGAUUCCUUAAUUUUUUUUUCAUUUAAUUAUUUAUAUGAGUGAGUGAGCAGACACCAUUUUAACUUGGUCAAUACUUUCAAACAUUCAAAUAAAUUUUUGUGGUGAUUAUUUGUAAUUACUAUACAUACUUUUAUUUUAAAAAUUUAUAGUUCCGUGUAAGGAAUAAUGCACACUUUCUGUUUGUCCAGAAAAUGGAUAAGUGUAAAAGAAAAUGUUUUUGCCAUUUUCUGUUUGCGUACGUAUGUACAAUAAAAUUUUAAAUAUAUUUGUACAUGUUUGUGUUUAAGAAAAGCUUUGAAGAAUUUUUUUUGUAAGGGGAUUGGUGAAGAUAAUGUUCUGUACCUAAGAAGUUUCUGGUAAAUCAUGUACGCCCUCUGGUUUUUAUUUUUAUUGGUAACAGUUGGUGAUGUUCAAAGAGCAAGUUAACUUUUAGAUAUAAUUUUUCUUUUGUGCUCACAUGUUGCAUUACUUUAGGGAGCUGUCAAGGUGUUAAUGUAGCACAUUUAAAAUUGGUAAAUUAAUACACACAAAAAGUUAACAUUUUUUUGUUAUCUGCAUGUAUUCCUCUUUGAAAGCAAGUUAUAGAGUGGUUAUAUAAAUUAAUAUAAAAUAUUAAGUUUCAAAUCCAGAAAGAAAUGUUACAAAUACUAUGUAUAUAAUAUAGGCAUUUUUAUGUAUGCCAAGAUACUGUGUACAGUUAACCAAACAUUGAUGAAGAAGCAUCUUUCUUUCCAACCUUUGUAUGCCACUUUCCUUUAUCUUUGUUUAGUGUAUCCCACUUGCAAUUUUCUCAACCAACUCUAAUGAAAACAAGGCAAGGGCAGAAAUAUUUUUGUGAUGUUUUUUUGGGUUUUUCAAAAUUUUGAAAGAUGAUAAUGAUUUCCCAGUGUUUUAUCUUAAGAUUUCGGUGUAAUGAAACUAAAUUUUUUUCUUUUUUCCCCCCCCCCCCCCCCAACUCCGUAAUCAGGGAGUACUCUUUAGAAGUUGCACUUUAUUGACACUGCUGACUGUUUAACAAAUGUGCUUUCACAGAUUGCGAGAACUAUUUAAGUCACGGAAAAAAUCUCUACCUCCCCCAUUCAUCUUCAUCUCCCACUUCUCAGGCUUUUCUUUUAACACAGUGAAACCUAAUUAGUAAAAACCCUGUUAAUACAAAACUCUUAUUAAUACAGUGUUUUCACAGUCUUUAGAAAUUAUAUAGGAGUUAAAGUUAUUUUUGUUUCAGAGGUAAACAAUUAUACGUAGUAAAUUAUUUUUAGUACAAAUAUCCCAGUAUAAAGUAAAGGAACAAUGUGAAGUUUAAACUAAAAUAAUACUGAUGCGUGAUGCCAUUCCUACGUUUCAUUGUAGUCUGGGAAAAAAUCUUAGAGCUUUUAUUCUUUCUAAUGAUGGUAGUAUGUCUUUUGUAAGUCAUUUCUAAACUUUUGCUUUAUUUUUCUGUCUUAAAUCCUAAAUGUGAUAAAGUAGAAAAUAUUUUUUUUCAUGCCACAGAUGUAAUCCUAAAAUUGCAUUUUACGAUCACUUAAAAAAUUGGUGCAGUAUAAAAUUGUAUGCAAGUUUUAACUUUAUUUGAAUUUUUUUUUUAUGAAUUUUAAAAACUUGUGGUUAAAUUUUGUAAUAGUUUGGUUAUUACAACCUUGUUAUUGCAAAGUGAAAUAAUUAUGGUCCCUGAAACCAAAUUGGGAAGAAGUAAAACUGUCAUGCAUUGAUAGCAGGUUGGUUCGUUUGUCAUAAACUAAACAAUUUUGUAAAAAAGGAGUCAACUAUUGAAAAAAAAUUACAGCUUCCUGCAGUGAAAGGUUAAAUGUAUACGUUACCUGGUAUAUGCACAUUUAAAUUAGCUGCCCUGUGAAUAGUUUAUCCUCGGUAAUAAAUUUGUUUUUGGCAUUAUUUUUAUGAAAGUUAAAUAAUUUCCUGGCCUGGUAAUUUCUUGUUUAUGUUCAUAUUUCCUCUGUUUCAUGUAUUGUGCACAAUAAUACAAAUCGUAAGGCUGACGCUAAUGAUAAUUUUGAUGUGUGGCAAGAAGAUACAUAAGUAGAUGUAAGUUUUAAGUUUUUUCGAAUUCGGAUGGAAACAAACUGUGUUCUACUUAAUAUUGUACAGUCUUUGAUUACAGUUAUUAGUCUGAUAUGCUUAGAUAUGAGUGGGAAAAUAUUCUGUUUAGAGGGGUUUCUGAAAAAAUAUAACCACAUAUUUUUCUGGAAAUUUUUCCUUCUUUCUAGAACAACUAGAUUUACAUAAUUUAAGAUAGAUUGAUAAAUGUUUUGCUUUUUCUGCAGAUUGGUAGGUACUGUUUAAAUAACAAUUUUUUGAUCCUCUUAGUUGGUAGAAGAUAGCAUGGGUCAUACCAAACUCUCAAAUGUUAAGUGAGCCAUUAUUCUGUAAAGAAAGUCCAAUGUAUGUUUUAUUUGGUAUUGUUUGAAUUUUUAAAAAAGUUAAUAAAAUUUAAUUGUUUUUUGAAAGUACAACACAUUAAAUUUUUUUUCCCAAAAACACUUUUCUGGAAAACUUAACAUCUUUUAUUACAUCCUACAGUGUAAAUGUUUACCUGACUGGAAGCUAUAAGGUGUGAGAAGAAGAAUAAUCAAACUGAGUAAAGACAGUUGAUUUUAAAAUUUCUAAAUUUCUGUACAGAAAUGAAAGCCAUAAAUGUAUAGCAUUAAAACUUUUACUUUCUCUCUGAAGUUAGUUGGAAAUCCACACAGGUGCUGUUAAGACUCAGGAAACAUAGCAAGCUAUUGUGGCUCUACUGUAAUUUAAAUUUUGGGUUGUGACUUGGUUUGAAGAUUUUGUAAAAGUUUUAUUCGCUUUGUCUUUUCUCUGUCUCUUUCGCUCUCACUACAUAUGUAUGUAAACGUACUAUCCUGCUCACAUGACUGAAAUAAGACUACAUAUUUCAUUUCUACCAACCUUUGGAUUUGUGAACUUUUUCAACAAAUUGAAAUAAAUUAAAUUGUGAGUUCAUAAUUUUAACAUUUUUACACUUAAAAAAAAAAAAAAAAAAAAAAAACAUUUUCCUUGUUGCUACAUUGUAGUCACUCGCUGUUGCUCCAUGAAUGAAUGGGUAGGUUGAUCAUGUAUUUGCUGUAGGUUGUAGUGUCGCCACCUAUGUCCGUGACGUGAUUCAUUCACUCAGCCUUAAGAAGGGAGGGUCCUAGUCUGGGCUCACUGAUUUGACUUAAACUGUGUGAGUAGAAGGAGGCAGCUGCACCUUUCAACAUCCUGAAAUAUCUCAUCUUACUGGGCCUUAGGAAGAAAGAAAAAGUUCUUUAAAGAUUUUAAACCAUUAUUUUCUGGGAUUUUUUUUCAUGAAUUUUCAAAUCAGCAGCAUGGCUCAGUGGUCAAGCGCAUAAGUGAUAACGAUAUAUCUGUUAUAUUGUAUCUACCAACUAAAAUUUUUGAUGUAAACCAUUGGCAAACAAUUGAAGCACACUAAUGAGGUGAAAAAUUAUUAUAAAUUAUUUCAUAUGUGUUUAGGUUUAAAGAGUGCCUAUGUACUUUAGUUUGCUGCUGUUUACUUGAGACUAUUUUUAAAAUUUUGGAUUAAUCUGUGUAGGUAUUAAUUGUCAAUGAUUUCUGCCAUCAUACAGUCUAGGGUGAAGUCUCCUGGUUUAGCGAAUAUCAAACACUGAAUAAAUAUGAAAUGAGGAUAUUGUGUGCUAACAUUCCUCAUAUUUUAUAAAGGAAUUAUCAAUAGGAAUGAUUAAUUCCUAUUUUUUUUUUUAUUAAAUUAAAAUGUCUGAUAAUUUGUAAGAAUCAGUGCACAAUCCUCUUCUUUUUACAAGCAAAUAGAGCCUGUUUUGUGUGGGAAAAACAGAAAAUGGACGACAUCCAUAUAAUUUGUGGCAGUGUCCAGGGCCAUCAAGAGAAACCAAGAAACUUGGGGGGGGGGGAUAAUUUUUUCUGGCCCCAUCCCUUUUAUUUAAUGCACAACUUUUCAAACCCUGCUAUUACAAAAGAAAAUCAGAUCAAUACUGUUAAUGUUACUAUUGCCAUUAAUAUAAACGUAAUCUGUAUGUAUCGAAAUAUUUGUAGCGUUUUAUAUGAAUUCUAUUAACAAUAGACUUGUACCUAAUUCUCAUCUUAUCAAGUGAAACAAAACAUUAAAAACAAAAAAAUUUCCAAACUCUCAGCUGGAGAAGCCAGUUGUUUGCCUUGUUGAAGACAAUCGGUUCUGUAAUUUCUCAGGCAAACUGCGUUAGGUGAAGUUCAUUCAUUCGUGAUACUAAUUUUGUUCCAUUCCGCAAAUUUUUGUUUUUAAAAAUAAGUAAUUAUAAUAUAAUAUUAUAGGUGUUGGAAAACAAGGUAUUUAGCGUGAAUAAAUGCUAGAUGACAGCUUGCAACAUACCAAAGUUAGUGAUGGAAAUUUUGAAGAUGGGUGUGAACAUCAAAGGAGACUGAAGAAAAUAUUUUUGAUUCUAGGCGAUAAUAAUUUUCAAAACAGUGCAUUGUGUUUCCAACUCUCCAUUAUAAUCACGUGGGUUUGUAGGUUCAAGUUAGUUAACAUUUUAAGGUGUACAUUACUUGUCUGGCCGGGGUUACCUGCUACAGGACAGGAGUAGACUCAACUUCGAGUGUCGGGCGGCGGUAAAUAACCUGACUCCCUACAGGGUCCAACAGUCUAGGGUGUAGGAGACCUUAUAGGAGGGUGUUGAGCUCCCAGUAGAGGAAAUGCUACUGGAAACUCAGCAUCAUCGGCAAGGAUCACAUUCAGGAAUUAGCAGGCAUGGACAAGGCGUCUUUAAUGGCUGCUACACUGCUUGCACCACAGGCUCACCUGGCGGCCUGGUGUAGGACGCGAUAGGCCUAGUAAGCCGGUGACCGAAAUUUUUUUAACUCGACUUGAGAAAAGAAAGUGAAAUUCAGGAUUUGCUGACCCAAUUAUAUCAGUAUAGUAAUUGUAGAACUUAACAUUAAAAUUUUUCUCUAAUAACAUUUGUAAGAAUAUUUGCAGUUACCAGUGAAUAUUUCUCCAAAUUUUUUUAAACAAAUAUUCCAUAAAGGUUGGUUUAUGUGGAGACAAGUAUGUAUUUGAUAACAGAGGAGUAGUUGAACAUUGUCACAAACAUUUAAAGAAAAUGGUUCAGUUUGUAUUUGGUGUGCUGGAUUAAUUAUUGUGUUAUUUUGUUCAAAAAUGUAAAACUUUGUCUGGAUAAAUGUAAAAUAUAUAUGUUUUAAGAUUAGUACAGUAAUCACAACCAGCUUGAAGCAAAUGUGCAUUUUUAAGAAUGUUGAAGUGCCCAUGUGUAAGCUAUCGCUGAAAUUAUAUUUCAAAUGCUAGAGUCCACCCGAACUAAAAUAAACAAGUUUUGACAAGUAUAAUUGAUGAUGAAUUCGAAGUUUGUGAUUUUAUUGUAGAGCAUAGUUAGUUUUAGAUUGAAUACAUUUAAAUAUAUUUUAGUAACUGAUUAAGUUAGUGCAGUUAAUUGUCUGCAGUCUUCAUUUACUACCACAAAGAUUUUUCACGAUAUUUUAGUUUACAUGUUCAUCAAGAAUUUGUAAAAAACUGAUGUAUUAUAUCUAGGUCAAUUUUUUUUCUUAUUUUUUAAUGUAAUCUUUUAGUUGUAAAUGUCAUGUGUUUGAAGUUUAGUGUAGGAAAAGUAACAUUAAAAUUGUGAUGCAAAAUCA